AAGCCAUCAAAGCAUAGCAGCUCUGCAGAGUCGGGCAUGGCUGCCAUAGGCAGUGCACAGGUCUUUCCAGAGUCGGAUUUUCUCCGAGGUGAUGAGGCCGAGACGAAGCCGAAAGCAGAAAGAACGGCUUGCUUCUGCAUCUAUGACAACGAGUCGGAUCCGAGAUUCUGCAUUUGGAAGAGUGGAAAGUUACUUCCAUCGCCAAAUAUUGCCAGCCACAAGGGGAAGGCGAUCCUUGCCCUGGUGGCUUCCUUGGUUCUGGCAUUGGGGGUCGUAGGCGUGAUUUUCUUGGUCCGCAUGGGCGGCGCGCCUGGCCUAGCCGACCGAAAGCGGGCGCCGCCGGCGCAAGGUGCGAGGCGAUUGCUCCUAGGCAUGGUGAGCUGACGGGCACGCAGCUUCCCUUUCCCUGCGAAGUGGACGGCUGGUGCGCAUGUUUCUUUGCAGGAUCCUUUUAGCGUGGAGAGCACAGUGGAAUUUCCAAGAAAUUGCCACACUCAACACUGCCAAGCCUUUUGAACUGGUGCAGCACA